UCUCAUUGAGUCAUACCAUUAAUAAGUACGAUAAAAGAUGGAUUCAAGAUUCAACGAUACCGUUCAUUCCUUGAGGCCAGUUGCAUCUAAAGCUCCUCAUGUUGAUCCAUCGUCGGAUGCCGUUUCUGGUGAAAUUGUGGCAACUGAUCCGAUUUCUAAAGCUGCUCAGACGGUUGCAGGUUCAUCACUUACGAAAGCUAUUCAAGUUGAUGAAAUUGGUCAAAUUACAGGAACGGGUAAUAUUGUAGAAGCUAGCCAGGCUGCUAUUACUGCUUCUCUCACAGGUUUCAAAAGCCCACCAACAAAUCAGUCUCGGCAAGACCAUGUUUAUACGGUCGACAUUGGUAAUGGUAAACUUUUUGUGGACUUAACGCCUGAAGGGCUUAUUACAAAUGGCCAAAAUUUCUAGUG